CGCAGGCGCAUCCGGGCCGCCAGGGGGCGCUGUUGGGCCAGCUCCUCUGCGUCUCUGGCGGCGGAAGAACGGAAGGAAGGAAGAAGGGAGGAAGGAAGGAAGGAGCGAAGGAAGAGGCCAGGCCCCGCCGAGCGAGAAAGAGAGCGAGGGAGGGAGGAAGGAAGCGGGCCCGGCGUGACCCCGUCCGUCUCCUGCGGGGAGAGCGAGAUGGGCCCCCGCCGCCGCCGCCCGCCCUUCUCCUCCUCCUCCUCCUCGGUCUCCCCGCCUCCUGGGCCCCGGCUCUUCCUCCUCCCGCCUCAGCCGGGCCGAAGCUGGCGCUGGGCCUCCUGCCUGGGGGCACGCUGAGAGGCUCCCACUGCCCUGCCCCUUCUCCUCCGGACGGACGCAGUGGCCCUGGCAACAAGGAUGAGUGUCCCUGGCUUCACGCCGGACCCUGGGGGCGGCUUCUCGGAGGACGCCCCGCGACCCCCGGUCCCCGGCGAGGAAGGAGAGCUGGUUUCCGCGGAAACAGGGCGCCUGCCCAGCCACGGGGGCUUCUUCCACGGUGGGGAGGCCCUCAAGGCAGAAGCCACACCCCGUCGGCCGGACCUGGACCUGGGCUAUGAGCCUGAGGGCAGCGCCUCCCCAACACCCCCUGCCUUGCGCUGGGCCGGCUCUCUACACUCGCUGUUGGACGACCGGGAUGGGACCCAACUCUUCCGCAGCUUCCUGCGCGAGGAAGGCUGUGCCGACCUGCUGGACUUCUGGUUCGCCUGCAGUGGUUUCCGGAAGCUGGCGCCCAGCGAGGGCAGCGAGGAGAAGCGGUUGAAGCUGGCCAGGGCCAUCUACAAAAAGUAUGUUUUGCACGGUGCCGGCGUGGUUGCACGCAGGGUCAAGCCGGCCACCAAGAGCUUCAUCAGGGACUGUGUCCUGCGGCAGCUGGUGGAUCCGGACGCCUUCGAUCAGGCCCAGACUGAGGUCCAAGCUGCGAUUGAGGAGCACUCCUACCCGCUCUUCCUCAAGUCCGACAUCUACCUGGAAUAUGCCAGGAGUGGUGGAGGAGGAGGGGGCUGUGGAGGCGGGGAGAGCCCAAAGGGCCCCUGUGGAGAGCACAGCCCCGAAAGCAAUGGGAAGGGCCUCCCAGGCUACCUUCCCACCCUCAAUGAGGAUGAGGAGUGGAAGGGCGAGGGGGUUCCUGAGGGGAAGGGAGCCAUGGGCCGGGCAGUGGUUGAAGCCCCAAGGGACCCCUUGCUGCCUGCCCCCGCUGGAUGCCUGACCCAGACGCUGCUAAGGGAGACCACCGUCCAGCAGCCCACUCACGGAGCCCCUCCCUCUGCCAUCAGCCCUAGCAGCACUUCCGCAGUGGCCCCCAGACGCUACAGCGAGGGACGGGAGUUCAGACCCAGUCCGUGGAGGGAGCCGGUGCACCCCUACUACGUCAACACGGGCUUCGCUUUGGCCCCGGCCGCCAGUGCCAAUGACAGCGAGCAGCACAGCAUGUCCAGUGAUGCCGACACCAUGUCGCUGACCGACAGCAGCGUAGACGGGAUCCCUCCCUACCGACUCCGGAAGCAGCAUCGCAGAGAGAUGCAGGAAAGUGCCAAAGCCAACGGACGUGUGCCUCUACCUCACAUUCCUCGUACUUAUCGAAUGCCAAAGGAUAUCCACGUUGAACCCCAGAAGUUUGCUGCGGAGCUGAUCCAUCGGCUGGAGGAGGUCCUGAGGGACCGGGAAGCCGAGGCUAAGCUGGAGGAGCGACUGAAACGCGUCCGUGCAGAGGAAGAAGGCGAGGAGCUGGAAAUGCCUUUGGGCCCCUGCCUGGGGGGCCACAAGGUGCUCCUGCCCCAUUUCGGCCCCCGCUGCUACUCCGAGGCCCCGCCCAGGGACGCCCACGAGGAGAACCCGGAGAGCAUCCUGGAUGAACACGUCCAGCGGGUUAUGAAGACCCCUGGCUGCCAGUCCCCCAAGCCCCGCUCCCCAGACAGUGGCCCCGCUGUGACCCUCGGCAAGCCCGCCCUCCAUGGCCCCAUGGCAGUGGUGGGGCCCCCAUUGCCCUUGGGGCACGGGAAGCAUGCGGGGAAGGUGGGGCCCAGGUUGGAGGGCGCCAGCCUGCACCACCACAAGCACGUCUUUCACCAUGCGGCACAUCACCACGGUCCCCUCAAGGGCAAGGAGCCGCCCCCUGCGGAGGCCGAGGGCCCCGUGGGGCGGGUGGUCGGUCCCUUUGGGUGGGGCGUGGAAGGUGCCCACAAGCCCCGGCUCUACGGGGAGAGCGCCUGCCUGGACCCUGCGGCCUACAGCGGCAAAGCCAGCCUCCUCUCCAAGCGUAGUGCCAAGAAGGGCGAGGGGGGCAAAGGCGACGGCUAUGAAGUCCCUGGGUCACCAGAGGAUGUGGAGAGGAACCAGAAGAUCCUCCAGUGGAUCAUCGAGGGUGAGAAGGAGAUCAGCCGGCACAAGAAGACUGGCCACAGUUCCUCCGGCGUUAAGAAGCAGCUAGGCCAUGACCUGCCGCGGCCAGCCUCCGUGGAGCGCCCCGUGGCCCUGCACCCCUGGGUCAGCGCUCAGCUGCGGAACGUGGUGCAGCCCUCGCACCCCUUCAUCCAGGACCCCACCAUGCCCCCCAACCCGGCCCCCAACCCCCUGACGCAGUUGGAGGAGGCCCGCCGGAGGCUGGAGGAGGAGGAGAAGCGGACGGGGAAGGUCCCAGGAAAGCAGAGGUAUGUCCAGGAGGUCAUCCAGCGAGGGCGCUCCUCCUCCUCCUCGGCCAGACCGGCCUGCCUGCCGGUCCUGAAUGUGGUGCCCGCUGUCUCCGACCUGGACCUCUCUACACCACCCGAGGGGAAGACCCAGAAGCGGCCCCCACCAGCUCCCCAGCCGCCCUGCGACAACAUUGUGGUGGCCUACUACUUCUGCGGGGAGCCCAUCCCCUACCGGACGCUGGUCAAAGGACGCGUGGUCACCCUGGGCCAGUUCAAGGAGCUGCUCACCAAGAAAGGGAACUACAGGUAUUACUUCAAGAAAGUGAGCGACGAAUUCGACUGCGGUGUGGUCUUCGAAGAGGUGCGGGAGGACGAGGCUGUCCUGCCCAUCUUCGAGGAGAAGAUCAUUGGGAAAGUGGAAAAGAUCGACUAGUGGUGGGGAGAUCGGUGGGGUCCCCUAAGAGUUCCUCCUGUUCUGGGGCACUGCAGGGAAGGGCUGCUGCUGCUCUUCCAAGUCUGUUAUGAAUGGGAAAAACCUGCAUGGCACCACUUUCCAGAAUGGGGAGGGAGGGAGGGAAGGAAGGAAGAGGGGGCCUUGUGCACUUUGACCCUUUCCUGCUCUGGGCUUUGUGGGGCUCCCUCCCCAUUGCCUCUGCCCUCAAGGGCUUUCCAUGGAGGACAGGGCUGCCCUGAGCCUGGGAGGCCUGGCCUGGCCUUCCUCUUAAAGAGGGCUCUUGAGGGGAUUGGGGGGGGGGUCUCACUGCUGCAUCCCGCCCCCCAUCUGCAUUUGCUUCACUGAGUGCCUUCAAACCACACAGCUCUCUCCUCCUCCUCUUCCUUCUCCUCCUGGGUCCGAAGAAGAGGCUGACUGGCCGCUUCCUCCCUUCCUUCUGGGAGGGGUUUUUAAUGCGCCUGACCUGUCCGUCCGUCCCGGAGGGGAGAGGUCUUCUUCGUUUCCCCUGUUUUCUGAUGGGGCUUCGGCUGUAAAUAUGUACAUUUUGUAAGCAAAGCAUCAGCUGCCAGCGGUUGGGCAGUUGGCGGCUGGUGCCUCCAGGACAUUUUUCACACCUCGACUUGUACAAUUUUAUCUUUUGAAAGGUACUUGGAUAAUAAUAAUAAUAAUAAUAAUAAUAAUGAUAAUGGAAUAAAACCCCAUGUUUGAAGGGUU